GUAUUCUUAGUCAUCUUGGGAGGAGUUACUCCCAAUUCUCACUAUGCUUUUAUGUCAUGUCAUGAAUUAAAAUCUACUCACACUACAUCAUAUCAUUCCAGUUGUUUAUAAAGAAUAAUCUAAGUAAGUUGUCACCCAGGUCUAUGUUGAUGAAAUGCCAACCAUGUCUCCCCAAGAAAGGAAAGCCACCCUAAGAGAUUUUUAUGCUGUAAUAUAUCCUUCACUGAAGCAACUGGAAGGCAACUUAGCGGGGGACAGAAGCCGAUGCUCUGGCAAUUUAAGCAGAGUAGUGGACGAGGGAGAAGAUGAUGAAUGCGGUAUAUGCAUGGAGAGCGGUGCCAAUAUGGUUUUGCCUAAUUGCGCUCAUUCCAUGUGCAUCAACUGCUUCCAUCAUUGGUACAUCCGAUCUCAAUCAUGCCCAUUCUGUCGAGGGAGCCUAAAACGUGUGGAAUCUGGAGACUUGUGGGUUCUAACCGCCAACUCUGAUGUAGUUGACACAAUAACGCUUGCACACCACAACCUAAAACACUUUUAUCUAUACAUCGAUAAGCUGCCGGGCGUAGUGUCAGAGACCAAUGCCUCAUUUUAUGAUUACCUGAUGUAACAAAGAAUUGAAGCAUUAUAUAUAUCUCAUCUCUUCAGCUUCAGCUCUUAAAUGGAGCUGUAAAUAAGUAUAGGGCA